CUCUGGUCAUCUCCUGCACUGUGUCCGCAGUCUCUGGUCAUCUCCUGCACUGUGUCCGCAGUCUCUGGUCAUCUCCUGCACUGUGUCCGCAGUCUCUGGUCAUCUCCUGCACUGUGUCCGCAGUCUCUGGUCAUCUCCUGUACUGUGUCUGUCUCUGGUCAUCUCCUGUAUUGUGUCCGCAGUCUCUGGUCAUCUCCUGUAUUGUGUCCGCAGUCUCUGGUCAUCUCCUGUAUUGUGUCCGCAGUCUCUGGUCAUCCCUGUGCUGUCCGCAGUCUCUGGUCAUCCCCUGUACUGUGUCUGCAG